UAAAAAAAAAUGUCGUGAUGGAUUAAUUGUCUGAUUGCGAGAUGAUUGUCGCCGGCGUGGCAGUUUGCACGGCGCCGCGGUCAAACGCGCAGGUGAAAAAAAUCCGCGCAAGCGCGAAGCUGGCGGAAAGCGCGGGAACCGCGAAUUUGACAAGUGAAGUUUAUUUAUUUAUAGUGUAAAAACAUGGGAAUUAAUAAAAUUUUAUAAAUAGAUGUAUGGUAGUUGUUUGUGAGUGAUUUAAGUUUUGUUAACUUAUAAGUAGUGUUUCAAAAGAGAGGCAAUAUGAAGCUGCCAGACCCGAAGCGGAUGCUCGGCGGCAUUUUUCCAAUACUCCAAUGGUCGAAAAGUUACGACCUCGGGACGGGUGUUGGCGACCUGAUAGCUGGGAUCACUGUGGCUCUGACGCUCAUACCUCAGUCUAUAGCUUACGCGUCGCUCGCUGGAUUAGAACCACAGUACGGUUUAUACGCAUCGCUGAUGGGCGGAUUCGUAUACGGGAUCACGGGCACGUGCCCGCAGAUAAACAUCGGGCCCACGGCGCUGCUGUCGCUGCUGACGUUCACCUACACGAGUGGCACGAGUCCGGACUUCGCUGUGCUCUUGUGUCUGACGUCGGGGCUCGUCCAGCUGGUCGCCGGCACGUUGCAACUUGGUUUCCUCGUAGAGUUCGUCUCGCUGCCAGUUGUCUCUGGCUUCACCUCAGCAGCCGCAGUGACGAUCGCUUCAUCCCAAGUCAAAGGCUUAUUAGGCCUCAAGUUUAACGCUGAGACGUUCAUAGCUACUUGGAAGGAGCUGUACCGUCAUAUAGGAGACACGAGAUUAGCUGAUACACUGCUCAGUUUAGCGUGCUGCAUCGUGCUGUUAGGUAUGAAGGCCCUAAAGGAUAUUCGCGUCGACGUAAAAGACAGUGAAAAAAGUCAAAAAGGGGUGGCUUUCAUACAGAAGAGCUUGUGGUUCGCCGGUGUGUCGAGGAACGCGGUUGUGGUCAUCCUCGCUGCGGCUGUCGCCUUCUUUGUUUAUUUGGAUGUUGGUGAUCCGUUGAUAUUGACAGGUAAAAUAACGCCAGGCCUGCCAACGCCACAGGCGCCAGCGUUCCAAACGACGGUCGGGAAUGUCACCGUCUCCGCGGGCGGCAUGCUGGCGCAGCUCGGCUCUGGGCUGCUGGUCGUGCCUCUAGUGGGGAUCAUCUCUAAUGUUGCCAUCGCUAAGGCUUUUUCAAACGGCAAAACACUGGACGCAACACAAGAGAUCGUAGCUCUCGGCGUUUGCAACGUGGUGGGUGCUUUCUUCCGCUCCUUCCCCGUCAACGGUUCCUUUACUCGGAGUGCUGUGAGCGAUGCUUCGGGCGUACGCACCCCCGCUGCUGGAUUUGUUACCGGAAUAAUAGUACUACUGACUCUAGCACUGCUAACUCCGUACUUCUACUUCAUCCCGAGGGCAGCGCUGUCUGCCGUGAUCGUGUGUGCCGUACUACACAUGGUCGACAUCGACAUCAUUAAGAAACUGUGGAAGUCUAGCCGACUAGAUAUAAUCCCACUGCUGGGUACAUUUAUAUGCUGCCUUGUGCUCGGUAUAGAGAUCGGCCUGAUCUGCGGCGUGGGCAUCGACGUGCUUUUGCUGUUGUACUACAACUCACGACCACCUCUUGACGUGAAAUAUAUUGAGGAAGAAAAUCUCCCACCACAUUAUUCUAUCCACCCAGUGGGCAAUCUCCAUUUUGCUGGCGCGGAAAAAGUGAGAUUAAAGCUCUCUUCGCUGAAAAAUGAUAAUAAAGCAACAUUAAAGCAACUAACGAUCGUACCAGGAGCUAAUGACCGUGUUUUAUCAAACGGAGCUGGGAGCCAGUGCAAUGGCGGUGCAUGUAAUACGACAGGAAUAGAAAUUGCUGGCCCGAGGUCGAACGUACUUGUGAUACAUUGCGACUGUUUGUAUAGAUUAGACUACACAUUUUUACAGAGUAUAAAGAUGUUAGUGACGGAGUGGUCACGCAGUGGACGCGUGGUUUGGUGCGACGCGCGGCCGCUCAUGAGGGAACAGCUGAGUUCUGUUCUGCCUGACGCCGUGUUCUGUGAUACUCAGCAGUUACCAAUGGUUCUUUCAGAUGCUAGCUCAUCACCAGGCGACCACUCAAGCGUUAGUGAUACUCAACUUUAGUGCUUCGUCUAGCUUAGCGUCAAGUUAGAUCAUAAAUAACAUUGUUACAAGUGCUGUGAGUUAUCAAAUAUUAUCUAAGUGUCUUCGAGUCUUUAAUCAGCUUCCAGAUGAAUUAAAAAUGUUAGAUGACAUAGAAUUAAUGAGUAGUUUAAAAAAAAUGGCUUAUUAAGAAUGAAUUCUACUCUCUAAAGCAUUUCUUUGAAUUAUAUUCGUCGUGAUAGUGUAUACUCUGUAUAGAUUGAUAUGAUAUGAGUUUAAUGGAAAUGUGUUUCUUACUUUUAAGUUAGUUUUAAGUGUAUAUUGUAUACCUGAAUUGGGUUACCGUUGAAACUUACACAUAAAUAUAAAAUAAAAUAUUAUAGAACAUUGUUACACAAAUUGACUAAGUCCCACAGUAAGCUCAAUAAGGCUUGUGUUGAGGGUACUUAGACAACGAUAUAUAUAAUAUAUAAAUAUUUUAUAAAUACUUAAAUACAUAGAAAACACCCAUGACUCAGGAACAAAUAUCCAUGCUCAUCACAUGAAUAAAUGCCCUUACCAGGAUUUGAACCCGGGACCAUCGGCUUCAUAGACAGGGUCACUACCCACUAGGCUAGACCGGUCGUCAAAGACAUGUAAUUAUAUAACACCUCUGUAACACGGUUGUACAAUAAAGAAUUAUCUUAUCUUAUCUUAUCUAUCGUAUACCGGGUGUGGCCUGAACACGAGCAAAAUUGAAACUGUAUAGACCAGAGGUUGAACAAAAAUGGGUUUCGAUAAUAUUAAAGUUUUUUCUUUUUUGAUAUGUCAUUGGGAGUAUGUUAAAUAAUACUUUGGUAAAAAGUUAGAAAUUUUAAGGUUGAGCUUUCGGUUAUAUUUAAAUAUUUUAAUUUUUGCUAAUAACUAAGUAAAUAUAUAAUUAAAGUUACAGAAAACUUUAGCAUAUCGAAUAACACUUCAAUUUAUGUACAAUUUUUAGUUUUUAGAAAUCUGGAACUGCUGCUUUCUGGUAAACGUAAAAACACGAGUUAUUUUGUAAAUAUAGAAUUAGAGUUGCUGAUAUUGCAAAAUUACGAUAGUAUCGAUCAACUUAGUAUUCUAGUAAAAAGUUAGACAUGUAGACAAUGUGCUUGUCUAGAUAUUGAUUUCAGAUUAAGCAGUAUAGCUAAUAUUGAAUUAAAGUUUGUAGAGUUAAUAAUAAUCGAUCAUCAACAAUGAUCUCAGUUACUAAACAAAAAUUUAGAAAUAUAAAAUCACGGCGACACUCAUUACUGAUAUGUAUGCAUUCCUUGCUUAUAUAAAUACGUUACGUUUCAAACGCGCGGCAAGUUUGCGCGCGCCGCGCGCUGUGGCAGGAGGCAGCGAACAACGGUAGUGGGGAGCGGGGUGCCCUUGACUGCGUCUACGGUCCAUCAAAAAAAAUCCUAAAGCGUGUUUUAAAUUAAUAGCAAUAGAAAAUUGUUAUUUUGUUGUUACUAUAAUAGGUAUUGCCCGCGGUUUCGUUCACGUAGAAUUCGUUAUCGCGUUACAUGAAUAUUAUUUAUUUAUUUAAACUUUAUUGCACAAACAAAAAAAAAACACAAAUGGCGGACUUAAUGCCAAAAGGCAUUCUCUACCAGUCAACCAUUGGGUCAAAUAGAGACAAAAAACACAUUCUCAUACAGAUGACCACCCUUCCUUGUACCAUUUUAAAAGCCAGUUGCAGCUUUUCUUUCCCGAUUUUUUUCAGAUGUUUGGACUUGGUAUUUUCCUCGCAAUAGUUAUUUGUUUAAGGGGAAUGUUGUUGUUAACCGCUAAUGCUAAUAUUGAUAACCGAUAGUUAUAUAGAGAUACGUUAUAAGUUAUAUGCACCCUCAUGUUAUUUAUUUCUGAUAAGAAAUAAAUGUAAGACAAAAUUCACAGUGAUACCUUUCAAGUAGGUUGCCUUGUAAGAUUGCGUACGGAUAGUUUUUUUGUUUGUUAUUUCAUCGUAUGACAUAUCAAAUGAAAGCUUAUUUGAAAGUUGCCGUAUUAAAAAAGUUGGUCCAGUUAAUGGUCGCCUAGAUUAACCGAUUUUUAUAUAAAAUGUAGGCAACCAUGGACUGGGAUAACUUGUUAAAAAGGCAACCUAGUACAGUUAGUAAUAUAGUACCUGGGCGACCGAGCUUUGCUCGGUUAUAACUAUUUAUUGUAAUAAGGUGGUGAUAAUCUACAUAAACUUAAAAAGUAAAAUGUGAACUGACAAUUAUUAUUAUUUACAAUCGAUUUUAACCUUACAGCACUUGUCACAGAGUAACGCCAUCUAUUGUCGAUUUCUCUUAUUACAUAGGUCAUUUUUUUUUACUAAAUUAAACUUGUGUAAAACAAUAAAAAUUAAAAAAUUAUAUAAAAACUUGAACAUAUAAAAAAAAACAAAAGUUAGUCACCGGGCGAGAUUCGAACUCGAACCCGUAACACUCGUUUAGCAGUCUGCGUCUUAACCCGCUGGACCAGACGGACAGUGGCCGGCAACACGAAAUUAGUGACCAUAUUCUGCGUCGAAAGAAAAACGCAUGAAAACUCGAAAACACGCGUUUUCCCAAACAUAAGACUAAUCUAGAUAGAUUGUAUACCCCCAAAAACCCCUAUAUACCAAAUUUCAGCGAAAUCGUUACAGCCGUUUCCGAGAUCACAGAAAUAUAUAUAUAUAUAUAUAUACAAGAAUUGCUCGUUUAAAGGUAUAAGAUAAAAUAACUUUUCUUUUGAUAUAUCAUGUAACGUUUUCUUUUACACACUAAAAGCACAGUGUAAAAAGUAACAGUGGGCCGACGCCUUUGAUGUUUGCGUAAAUGCCGACACCGCUCAAGGUCUCCGUACCUACCUAGGGUUAUCACAGACUUACACAACUGCCCAAAAGAGGAUGGAAAUGUUUUUAGUUUUCAUGUUGUAUGAUGUAUGUGUACUAAUUUUACAAAUGACGUCCAUUUUGGAAAUAAAGAUGGCGGACGUCACUUUUUUGAAAAAGUCGUCAUGGGUGUUGUUUUCUGGGUUUUUAGGGGUGUGGAUUUCAAAAAUGGCAUCUAUUUUGAAAAUAAAUAUGGCGGACGCUACUUUUUGAAAUGGGUGUCGAUGUGUGUAGCCGUGAUAUGAACCACCUUUAAUUCUAAAAUGGUCUCUAUUUUUGAAAUCUGCACCAACAAGAACCGCCAAAAUUGACGUCAUUUUUGUAAUUGGAACCCCGAGGAACCUCGGAGAUGACACCCAUAUCGAUUUUUAAGAAAAAUUAAUGUCCGCCAUCUUGGAUUUCAAAAUAGACGUCAUUUUCGUAAUCGGAAUCCCGAGGAACCUCGGAUAUGACACCCAUAUCGACUUUUAAGAAAAAAUAAUUUCCGCCAUCUUGGAUUUCAAAAUGAACGUCAUUUUCGUAAUCGGAUCCCCGAGGAACCUCGGAGAUGACACCCAUAUCGAUUUUUAAGAAAAAUUAAUGUCCGCCAUCUUGGAUUUCAAAAUGAACGUCAUUUUCGUAAUCGGAACCCCGAGGAACCUCGGAGAUGACACCCAUAUCGAUUUUUAAGAAAAAUUAAUGUCCGCCAUCUUGGAUUUCAAAAUAGACGUCAUUUUCGUAAUCGGAAUCCCGAGGAACCUCGGAUAUGACACCCAUAUCGACUUAAGAAAAAAUAAUUUCCGCCAUCUUGGAUUUCAAAAUGAACGUCAUUUUCGUAAUCGGAUCCCCGAGGAACCUCGGAGAUGACACCCAUAUCGAUUUUUAAGAAAAAAUAAUGUUCGCCAUCUUGGAUUGCAAAAUGGACGUCAUUUUCGUAAUCGGAACCUCGAAGAACCUCGGAGAUGACACCCAUACCGAUUUUUAAGAAAAAUGAAUGUCCGCCAUCUUGGGUUCCAUAAUGGAUGUCAUUUUCGUAAUCGGCACCCUGAGGACUUUCAAAAAUAAUGAAAACAUCAAAUACUACAUGAUACAUAUACAAACAGAAGCAAGAAACAAUUUCUUGCUUUUUAAAGUCUUAAACUACUCAUAAUUUCUUAAAAUAAGUUAUAAAACAUGUCCGCCAUUUUGAAUUUGAAAAUUGAUAUCAUAAUUAUGAUAUAUUUUUGUUUACACUGAGACAAAUAAUUAGCACAUGUCGUAUGAAAUAUUUUAAUUGUGUUUUUUUUUUUUUAUACUACGUCGGUGGCAAACAAGCAUACGGCCUGCCUGAUGGUAAGCAGUAUCCGUAGCCUAUGUACGCCUGCAACUCCAGAGAAGUUACAUGCGCGUUGCCGACCCUAACACCCUCCCACCCCUCGUUGAGCUCUGGCAACCUUACUCACCGGCAGGAACACAACACUAUGAGUAGGGUCUAGUGUUAUUUGGCUGCGAUUUUCUGUAACGUGGAGGUACUUUCCCAGUUGGGUUCUGCUCUAGAUCUGGAAUGACAUCCGCUGUGCUGUGCCCUACCACACAGAGCCAGAUGACAUUUACAAUGCCCAUACCUCUCUUAUAAUGCCUGUGCUAAAAAUGUGAUUGCGAACUACCUGCAAUAACUAUACAGUACCUGGGCGACCGAGCUUUGCUCGGUUAUAACUAACUAUUUAUUGUAAUAUGGUGGUGUAUAUGUGAUAAUCUUAACUACAUUCUUUUACUAAAUUAAACUUGUGUAAAACAAUAAAAAUUAAAAAAUUAUAUAUAAACUUGAACAUAUAAAAAAAAAACAAAAGUUAGUCACCGGGCGAGAUUCGAACUCGAACCCGUAACACUCGUUUAGCAGUCCGCGUCUUAACCCGCUGGACCAGACGGACAGUGGCCGGCAUCACGAAAUUAGCGACCAUAUUCUGCGUCGAAAGAAAAACGCAUGAAAGAUCCCGGAAAUAUAUAUAUACAAGAAUUGCUCGUUUAAACUUUAAAGGUAUAAGAUAAUUAGGCAUUAAAACACUCGUGUGAUCUUUUUAAGAAACUCACUUUGUUCGUUUCCUAAGCCCACACUCGUGUAUUUUAAUGCCUUUUAUUAUGUAGCAGUAACAUAAACUACUAAUAUAAUAUGUUGAAAGUAAGUACAGGCGGCUAACACAAUGGUAACAAAAGACAAAAGUUUUGAAAAUGUAAUUUUCAUCAUCGUCACUUGGCUGUACAUUUGAGGGCCUAUCGCGAACCAAGUUCGACGUGUUACCUCUCUGUCGCACUUGUAAAUUCGUUCGUAAGUAUGACAGGGAGGCAACACGUCGAACGUGGUUUGCGGUAAGCCCUCUGAUGCCACCUCCAUUAGUCUUUUGUACGCCGGUAUAGCCUUCGACUCAAUGUAUAAUCUACACUUUUUAUGGAAACGUAGUUCCUCCUUCCCGUAGAAAUAUUUAACUUUCCCAUCACCAAGAAAGAUUAUUUGCUCGCAGUUAUUAGCUGCUCAAUUCCUCGUUUUUUCUCUGUUACUAAGUCAGUACAGUACACAUAUCAAACAUUUUUCACUCAUUUUGAAGUCAUAAUAACUUUUAUUCUAUAAUUAAAUUCAUAUAAUGUCCGCAUCUAAUUUAUGUGCACGAUAAACAAACAAAUGAAUGAUUUGAAAGAAAAGACAAACAGCGCUUGCAAAGCUGAGCGGGGGGCGCGGGCGGGGCGAGGUAUCUAUCGCUCACUAGGUCGGCUACGAUAGGCUCCCGCGCGCCGAGCCGACAUGUUGACGGACCAGCGCGGCGUGGUUAUGAAUUUCGCGCCUUUUUAAGUUGAUUUUACUAUUACAAUGCAAGCUACACACAGAUAUUUCUUACUUUCCAUAAAAUGGCUGCAUAUAUUAUUUUAUAGUAAUAGACUUAUCUCUACGGACUUUAAUUCAAUAUUAGAUCUUACAGGACAAAAAAACGCAUAUUAAUUGUAAAGCACAUAUCCUAUUCUUCUAAUUUUUUGCCUUGCCUAUUAACUUAAGAAUUUAGAUAUGAUAUUGUGGAUUUUUCAAACUUUAAUUCAAUAUUGACAAAAUAAUAAGCUAAUUUGAGUUUGACAAAGUAGCACGUUGAUUUUUUUUCUAAAAAUUUGAUAGCAUAAAGCCUCAUACAUAUUAUAAAAGACGAUGCUUAAAUUUUGUACUUUAAUUCAAUAUUCAAAAUUCAUCAAUAAAAAUACAUAAAUACCUUAUUUAUAUCUAACGCUCGUUCUAAAUUUUCUUCAUAUAUUACAAAUAUGCUUAAAAAUAUGUCCCAUACCAGAUAAACAUCACUUUUCACUCUUUAGAAUUAUCGAAACUUAUAGGGCUAAAAUCCGGUCCCACUAUUGGUCUAGUAGUCUGUACUCCUCAAACUAACCAACAUUUGCUUAACGUUCCGAUUCGAAGAAUGAUUAAGACACGUUUAAGAACUCGGAAAGAUUUUUAAAAGAUCGAUAACUAAACGACAUGUCAAAAUUGACGUUUAUUUCGAUUCCGCUGAGAUCCCAAUAAGAUCUAUCUAGGAUAUUUCUAACGUCAAAGUGACAUUGGUUGCCCGAAUCGAGCUGCUUCUGUCAAUUAUACGACAUACAAACGAUAUCUAAAUGAGAACUUAUCUAAACCAAAACUUAUCGUUAUCGUAUUUCAUUCUUUGAAUCGGGCCGUUAGCAACUUUUAAAAAUAACGUUAUAAGCAACGUGAAUGAUACUGAUCACAGCAGCUGUAGCAUGGUCGCAUUUUCAUCACUCGUCACUAUGCCUGUCACUUUCGCACUUACAUACUUAUUAGAAUGUGAUAGGUAUAGUGACGCCAGGCAGAGUGAUCACAAUUACUUUAAAGGUAAUAUUUAAUUUGUAUGAAAAAUAGGAUGUAGUAAAGUGGCGUGCUCUUGUGUUGGAGGCUAAGACUCAUUUUGGUACAUCGCGCCAGCCAAGUAAGUGAAAAAUAGGAAGUAUAGGACUUCAUAAUUUUUAAAAGUCGCUAAACAAUUUUUUUAUACUACGCCGGUGGCAAUCAAGCAUACGGCCCGCCUGAUGGUAAGCAGUCUCCUUAGCCUAUGUACGCCUGCGCCAGGAGUUACAUGCGCGUUGCCGACCCUGACCAUCCCCACCCUUCGUUGAGCCCUGGCAACCUUACUCAUCGGCAGGAACACAACACUAUGAGUAGGGUCUAGUGUUAUUUGGCUGCGGUUUUCUGUAAGGUGGAGGUACUUCCCCAGUUGGGCUCUGCUCUAGAUCUGGAAUGACAUUCGCUGCGCUGUGCCCUACCACACAAAGCGAGAUGUCAUUCACAAUGCCCAUACCUCUCUUUUGGAAGUUGUUUAAGGACAUACCCGGGGCCAAAAAUGUUGAUUAGUUUGAGGAGUAUAAGCUGUAGAUUAUAUACAUAUAUUGAAAGUAGGUUAAGUUUUUGCUCGUGUUAUAGGCCACACCCGGUAUACAUCAAUUUGAAUUUUAACCAGUGACCAUUAGCGUUAGGUUAGGUUAGGUUAGGUUACAGUAUGCUUAGAAUGUUAUAGUUUUACGGAAUCUUUAGAAAAAUUAAAAGUGACAUUCGCAUGUCAUCUGCAGUUGCAGUACUGUUACGAUAUUACUGCAGCGGGGAUGACAUCGACGCUGUAUCUGUCAAUUUCCUUGGUAAAAUGUGUGAAGUUUGCAGUCGCAUUACUGUCACGAUUAGGUAUGAGUAUUAUGACGUUAUAUCCGUCACGUCAAGGAACUGAAUAGUAUAAGAGUAAUAAAUAGUGAAAUAAGUACUCAAUUGUAACAUAUUUAACAUGAACAUAUACACGGUGGAAAAAAUGAAUAGGCCCUGGAUGGAAAGUGCCUUUAGCUAAUUUUACUUAAAAGAAACAUCCUUUAUUUUUUUUAAGAAACAAAACGGCAUUUAAGGAUUUUUACAAUUUGCUUGUCUAAUAAUAUUCUUGUGUAAGGUCAGUAUGGGUAAGUGUAGCUAACGACCCGAUUCGAAGAAUGACAUACGAUAGCGAUAAGUUCUGGUUUAGAUAAGUUCUCAUUUAGAUAUCGUUUGUAUGUCGUAUAAUUGAUAGAAGCAGCUCAAUUCGGGCAACCACUGUCACUUUGACGUUAGAAAUACCGUAGACAGAACUUAUUGGGGUCACAGCGGAAUCGAAAUAAACGCAAUAAUUUUGACAUGUCGUUUAGUUGUCGAUCUUUCCAAGAUCUUAAACGUGUCUUAAUCAUUCUUCGAAUCGGGCCGUCAGUGGCAAGUGUAACUGACCUUCAUAUUACGUAAACUAAUUGAGAUAUUGAUACUGCUAUGAUCUGUUGUCAUGAGUAAAUAAACGAACAAUUGAAAUUUAUUACUAAUGAUAACGAUGUCAAGCAAUUUUGAGACUAUCGUCGUUUUGAAAUCUCACAAUUUUUUUAACACGAGUACGAGCAUCAUGCGUGGUAUUUGGUUCUAUAAAAUUCGAAGCAAAAUCGUCAAAUCAUUUAUUGUGAAUAGGUAAGUACUAAAUAUUAUUAUUUAAUCUUCAAGUAACUUUUAAAAUUUCUUUUAAAUGUGACAUUAUCUAUGAAAAGGGACCUUAUUAGCGGUGGCACUUGCGCCAUUAUCAUAGAUGCUCUCAUAUUAUAAACAACGCCGCGCUACGCAGUAAGCGUAAGCGCCAUCGACAAUAAGGUCCCUUUUCAUAGAUAAUGCCACAAAUAAGGGGAAAUAAGAAAUUAAUGUGCAUUUUAACGUAGCCUAAAAAAUUGGUGACUGGGAAAGUGUGUCUAUCUCACUUGAGGCAAGUGUGACUAUAUGUUACACUUGAUCCGUAUCAGAGAUCGUAAACAAUUAUUUCUUGUAUUAUCAACGAUUAACUUUUUACCCAUGACUUCGUCUGCGUGGACUUAUUAAUAAACUUACCUACCUUAUUUUUUAUCUCACCGGAAACACAACAUAAAACAUAACCGUAUUUCGCCGGCUGAAAUAACGAACGCCACAGCGCUAUAGAAGUGUGUUUGUUCCUAUAGUCUGAAAGUACCGCGACCUAAACCUACCUAAAAUAAAUUGGUACCUACGUACCUUUUUAUUUUAUUAAAUGGAGAAGGUAGCUUUUGUUGUACACAUAUUUGUUUCAGAGCUUUAGAGCUUUUUUCUUUCUUUUUGUUUUUUCUUUAAAGUGCAUUUUCAUUUAAAAGUUUUUCCACCACAUGAAUAAAGUAUGUGACACUUAUCCAUAUUGACUUUAUAUAUUUAUUCAAUAUUCAAUUUUAUGGAUAUUCUGUACGGAAGACGAGUGCAAGACCUUCUUGGAGAAAUUUAAAAAUUAAUACUAACUGUAUCGACUAGCGGAAUAAAAUAGGGAGUAUUUAUUUUUUGGAAUUUUUAGUCGGGAUUCCCGGGCGAGAACCGCGAAUUAAAAAAAUAAUUUAAUGCAGUUUUCUUUCGUUUUAAAAAUAAAAUAAUGCUUCCUUUAAGUAAAAUGAGGUAACUUAAGGUUUUAAGGCACCCUCCCUCCAUUAAUUUUUUCCACACUAUAAAUAUUAUUAGUAUUUAUUUAAGAUUAGGAAAUAAGUUUCUCGCAUUGCCUAGUUAAUAAAAUUUUAAAUUGUAAAGAUUGUAAUUAGGUUUAAGAACUAAUAAUUUUGUUAAAUUGAAAUAAACGGAUUUUUUACUCACAUUACUAAGGAGAUUGGGAGAUACAGCGCCCGCAUCACGGCCGCAGCCGUAAUGUCGCAACAGUGAUGCAGCUGCUGCAGUUGACAUGCAUUGAGCGAAUUUUACAGUACCCAAACUUUAAAGAGUUUUGAAGUUUAAUUUCUGGUUGUGAAUUAUAAGCAUAUACAUUUUCAUAAACUAUCAGUGAUAUUGUAUUUACAUAUUAUUUACCAGCCAAUAUCACCGCGUGGCGCACGUGAAAUAUUCCGGAACGUGAUUUUAUUGGAGUAUGUAUAUUAGUGUGAUGCAAUCUGUUGCCUGAUGAUUCAUAAGGUGUGUUUUAUUAACACAAUGUUAAUAAAUAGUUUUAUUACAUAGGUAUGUGUUAAGCUUGAUGCCUUUAAUAAACUGAGGAUAAUUCAAAAGUCGUGAUCAGAAAUAUGUGUUUAGUAUUUUGUGAUAAUUAUUUAAUAUUUUAACUUAUAUUUAGUGAAUCUCAUGGUUUCCCUAGUUACAUGGCCAUGGACUCAUGGCAUAUUAAUCUAAUUAUUUAAUUAAACCUGCAUUGCAUUUCAUAUUUUGCUAGCUGGAAAUGUUGCAAAAAGUAAUAUUGUCAAUGACAAAUUGCAUAAGUCAUAACAUUACGUUGUUUACAUUGCAAUUAAGUCACUUGACUAGUAGGGUGACCAUAAAGGUUGAUAAAUAGAGAUAUUUUUAUUUUAUUUAUAAUUUACAAAGAGCUAAUUGAUUGUCAUUUGAAUUACCGUUUCUUUUUAAGGAAGAUUUAUCGGAAAAUGUGGUUACUGUUGAGGACUUAAGAAUAAGUUAUAAAUAUUUUAUACCAAUAAAAUUAAAGAUUGAUAAUUUGAUACGAAAUACGAAAAAGCGAUACUGUUUUUAGUGAUUCAUUAAAUAUCGACUCACGUGUUAUCGAUAUUGUUAAAAAAAAAACUAUUUCAAUUAAAAUAAAAAAUAUGACUCCUCCUUGAAGUAAAUAUUACUAUAAGCGCUAGCGCUGGCUUUGUUAACCUCUUUAAUUUAUAUAUCGCAACUAUUUAAAUUAGAUAUCUUAUAUUCGCUCGUUUUGACGAUUUCUAAAAUUUAUUUUAUUCAUUAAACGCUAUUUUAGCACGUAAAAUUUUUGUAUUACAUUAAGUUGGUGAUGCGACACGUCACCAUUUUAUCGACAUCGGCUUGUAAAGUUUUACUUGUCCUCGCACUAUUUUUACGUCAAACUAAAAUGCGCUCAUCAGAGGGCCUAUCGCGAACCACGUUCGACGUGUUGUGUCUCUGUCGCAUUUGUGUCAUUGUAAAUGUAUGCUACUGUCAACUAAAUAAAUAACAAUACCAAAUUAUCAGAACUAAUGCCAAAAUAAUUAUAAAUUUGUAUUUACUUUACGUAAUUGCUCAAUUGCUAAUAUUUGUAUAUAAUUUGCGAGCCAGUCCGAACGAUUGUUUGGUUAGGUCUUCAUAUUUCACAAAGCAAACUGUGAUCCCACUGAUGAAUCCUUAUUUAUUCUAAAACCAUUCGUGUGAAAUAAAUACGAGAAUGUGAAAAUA